AUGGAGAGCUACGGUGAUCUUCUCAACAACAACAAGGUCAUUUUUGACGACAGAAACUAUGGAUUUUGGAAAUCAAGGAUGAAAUCGAUUAUUGGUGGAAUAGAUCGACUUGCCUGGAAGACAGUUCUUGAGAAGUGGGAAGAACCAACAAUCAAGGAUGAAAAAGCUAUUCACUGCAGCGUAGGAAGGAAGCAAUUUGAAUUAAUUCAAGGAUGUGAGACAGCAAAAGAAGCAUGGGAUAUUCUUCAAAUCCAGUAUGAGGGUACAUCGAAAGUUCAAAGCUCCAGAAAAGACAUGUUGGCGUCUCGCUUUGAAAAUCUGAGAAUGGAAGAACAUGAAUCAAUUUCUGAUUUUAGUUCUAAAAUCAGUACCUUGGCUCAGGAAGCUGUAACCCUUGGGGAAAACAUAUAA